AUGGCAAUACGUUCUUCUCUUACCCUUCUUAUUUCCCUAAGCCAUGUUUUAAUGACUUGGGCCCAAUUAUCGGGCUCCAAUUCUACCAUUCCAAUCCCUGGUGCUACGGGAACGGCUCCAGCUCCGGCGCCCAUGCCUACAGGCACAUUCUCCAAUACAUCUUCCCCUCUACAACUACUGACUAUCUCAGCAAACAAUAUAACUGCUUCUUUCAUACCAUACGGCGCUCGUUUAACAUCACUGCUUGUUCCAGACAGCUCUGGUCAACAACAGGACGUCGUCGUUGGAUUUGACGACCCGGCUUUAUACGUUACGAAUGUUGCCUCUAAAAAUGCUUAUAUUGGACCCAUUGUUGGGCGUUAUGCGAACAGAAUCAAAAAUAGUACUUUUGUUUUGGAUGGCGUCACAUAUAAUAUUCCUUCAAACGAAUUUAACGACACUCAGACACUUCAUGGCGGACCUGUGGGCUACGACCAACGCAAUUGGACGGUUACUGAACAUACGACAGAUUCUAUCACAUUUACUCUUUUCGAUAACGGCUUUGAAGGUUUUCCGGGAGACGUCAUUAGUAUGGCAACUUAUACCGUCAAUUCAUCGUGGAGCUUGAACAAUUCCAAUUUUGAAACCCAACUUACUUCAAGAAUAGUAUCUCUUCCCCUAUCUGCCAGAACACCAAUAAUGUUGGCAAACCAUAUUUACUGGAAUUUGAACGCUUUCAAAGACCCAACCGUCUUAGAUAAUACCUUCCUUCAGCUACCCCUGUCCAGUCGAUACAUUCCAACAGACUCGCAUCUUAUCCCAACAGGUGACAUAUCGGAUGUUAAAUUAUCAAGUAACGGAACCCUGGAUUUCACGAAACCAAAGUUAAUUGGCCAAAAUAUUCAAUCGGCGACUGGUGUGUGCGGUGAUAAUUGUACUGGAUAUGAUACAUGUUUCAUUAUUGACCGACCCACAAACACUUCAGACUGGACUUCAUCUCCUGAAACCAUGAUUCUGGCUUUGAACAUGACAUCAACCACAACGGGGAUAUCUAUGCUUGUCAACACAAAUCAAAAGGCCGUCCAAAUCUACACAUGUAAUGCAGAAAAUGGUACUAUGCCUGUGAAACCUUCUCAGGUCCAAAGAAAUAGAGAACAAGGCGCUGGAAAUGCAACUAACUCGGUCGAUACGGUACAACAGUAUGGCUGCGUUGUCAUUGAGCCGGAAGGCUGGAUUGAUGGCAUCAACAAUCCGCAGUGGGAUCAAUUGCCAUUCCAGGUGUUUGGCCCGGGCACCGCCCCAGCUGUUAAUUGGGCUACUUACGUCUUUGGACGAGUAUAA